AUGCAUUGGAAGUGCGAUGAGGCCAAACCCCAAUGCAACAACUGCGUUCGCCAUGGGGUAGAGUGUAGCUUCAGCGGUCCGCCCACCACAGCGAGCACCCCGACUUCGGGCAUCUUGACCUCCGGCUCUGUCCCGUUUGUCAGUGAUGCCUGUAGAUUGAGUCCUGGUUUCACCACGCCAGCAAUGGGGAUGGCAGAAAUGGCUUUGCUGCAUCACUAUGCUACUUCAACGUGUUAUACAAUUUCACGCCACCCGGUCCUGCAGACCAUAUGGCAGAACACGGUGCCUCAAAUCGGCUACUCCUACCAAUUUGUGUUUCGUGGAAUCCUGGCGCUGGCGGCACUUCAUUUGGCGCACUUGAAGCCGGACCUUCAGGACCAAUACGUGGCCGCGGCUGAAUUCCACCAUAAUCUGGCGCUUCAGAUGGUGUCAGGCACCAUCCUCCAGAUCAAUGAUGAAAACGGCCCUGCGGUUUAUCUGUUCUCCACAAUCACCUCCAUCAUCGGAUGUGCUUUGCCGCGCAAGCGCGAUGAUCUGUGGGCCAGCAACGAUAGAGUUUUUCAGUGGUUAUCUCUCUUCCGCGGCACGGUUUCCAUCAUUGCAACUGUCGACGAAACGCUAAAAGCUGGUCCCCUUGGCCCUAUGUUCACGUUGGGACGACGGAGGGGUCUCGCCUGGGAGGCCCGAUCGACCGCUAAUCAGACUUUCCUUACCAAUCUGCGACGACUAACCGAGGAGACAGUUGAAGAUCCGGGGGAUUUAAAGUGUUAUACAGAUGCCAUUGACAGUUUGAGCAAAUCAUUCGCAACAAUCCUUGACGUUGGUUCCACGAAUUGCGAGACAGCUGACAUUUUUAUUUGGCUACUUCGCAUCACCGACGGAUUUUUGGAGAAAUUGCAAAAUCGAACCCCGGAAGCUUUGGUGAUUUUCGGUUACUAUUGUGUGGUUCUCAAAGAGCUUGAAUGGGCUUGGUGGAUGCAGGGCUUCAGUGUGCAUAUGAUCCGUGCUAUUUACCAUCACCUGGAUGAGGAGCACCGUUGCUGGCUGCAGUGGCCCAUGCAACAACUAGGCUGGGUUCCGUGA